AUGGACAUCAUUAUGGAUGGCCCCCGAGGUUUGGCUCUCUUUUCUUUCCUUUCAGAAGUGAUAAUCCGUUAUAACUGUCACCAGCAAACUAGCAAAGUAGUAUUUGGUAAAGCAAUUUCUUCUUAUGAAACGCUCUUAUACUUGGUGCUCGUUGAUCCUUCGCAAAAACAUGGCUUUUGCAGUCGGGCGGAUUUUAGUAAGGAACCAGCUUUUAGCUGGAUGAAUACAUUGUCUGAAGAAGUAAAGGGGGCGAUUAAACGCACGAGAAUCAUGUUUUGUAAUGGGUAUGGCUUUGAUGACUUAUCCCCUGAUGUUAUAGUCUCAGCCGUGGAGAAUGCUGUUGAAGUCGGUACAUCGGUGUUCUUUGAUCCCGAGCCACGAAGGAAGAGUCUUUUAAGUGGAACCGCGGAAGAGCAAAAAGCACUUAGGCAUUUAUUGAGGAUGAGUGAUGUCCUCAUUCUAACAGCUGAUGAGGUUGAAUCUUUAACCGGCAUAGCUAACCCGAUUCUAGAAGGGCAUGAGUUGUUGAAGAAAGGAAACCGUGCUAAAUGGGUGGUUGUGAAGAUGGGCUCUAAGGGUUCGAUUCUGAUAACCAAGUCAGAUAUUACUUGUGCGCCUGCAUUUAAGGUUAAAAUCAUAGACACUGUUGGGUACGGAGAUAGUUUUGUUGCUGCUAUUGCAUUCGGCUUUAUACAUGACAUUCCGUUGGUUAUUACAUUAGCAUUCGCGAAUGUCGUGGGUGCAGCUGCCGUCGUGGGUUGUGGUGCUGGUUGGAACGUAGCGACGUUGAAGAAAGUGGUGGAACUGAUAGAAACACCCGACCUCAAUGAGGACGAUAAGUUCUGGAACGAGCUAUUAGGUGAUCAUCUCAACUAGCAGGAGGUCGCGUUUCUGUCGAAAACAGUCUUAAACGGAAGCAAUGAUAGGGUGAAGCAUGUUAUAUUGUAAAACGUGGUUUCGGAACUGCUGCCUAAGCUUACAACUAAUCAAUUGGAGGGAACACUGUCAUCUUGAUGGGAUUGCAAAA